AUGAUUAAUCGCAAAGUCCUCGAUGUCGAGUACGCGGAGGAGGCUGAUAUGCCAAAGAUGGAGUUCGAGAGUGUCAACUGUCCACGGUUGACUCAGCGCUCACCGCCGGAUCAUGUUGGCGUGGUCAAGCCGGUGGACAUUGCUGCUAUGGGCGCCAUCGGCGACUCGUUCACCACGGCCUCCAACGCGCUCUCGACCUCGUGGUUCGAUCUCAACUGGUUUCCCGGCGUGGCAUGGUCGAUGGGUGCCGACGAGGGCGUUAUUUCGGCAUACAACAUCAUGAAGGCGAUCGGAAGGCCGGAUGUGGUGGGCGGCUCGGUCGGUGUCGGCGACGUCGGCGCCAACAUGCACUGCAACCAGGCCGUGGCCGGCUCGCACGUCCAGGCCCUCAUCAACCAGACCUACGCCCUCAUCGACGCCUUCAAGGCCGAGCUCAAUGAGACUGGAUACGCGACCGAGUGGAAGACAGUCUCUGUCUACAUCGGCGGCAACAACCUAUGCGAUUACUGCCGCAAGCCCGGCCCCAACACGCCCGAGGUCUACGAGCUCAAUCUGCGCGCCGCCUUUGACGUCCUCGCCACCAUUCCACGGGUCAUUGUCUCGGUUGUACCCAUUGUGGACGGCACACAGAUGUGCCCGCUGAUGGGUCCGUUCUGUCACAUCGCGCUCGACAAGCUCUGCCCGUGCUUCAUCUCGUCCAACGCCACCGAGCGGGCGAUUACUCUGCAAGGUGUCGCUGCCUACAACUCGGCCAUGCAGGUUGUGGUCAACGAUUACAACGCCAAGACCGGAUCGGACUGGGCCGCCGUCUUCCAGCCGUUUUUUGCCGGCCUCCGCGUACCGGAGGGUAAGGCCGGCAAGGCCUGGUUCGACCGCGCAGACUGCUUCCACCCGUCGGCUGUCCCCGGCCACAAGAUGAUCGGCAUCGGCAUGUGGAACAACAUGAUCUCGCCUCUUGGCGCAAAGGAGACUCUCACGCCUGAGACCACGCUCAAGUGCCCCACCGACGCCGACUACAUCUACACUGCCAAAACGCCCGCGACCACGAUACUGGCGGGCCGUGGCAUGCGCGUCGGCUGCGUGGCUAAUGCAGCAGCAGCGCGGUUUGGGAUUGACCCAGCCGCCGAUGUCGCAGCGCUGACUGCGGCGCUCCAGGCGACAUCGCGCGCAUUUCCGCCGUCCUAUCGGUGGCACGAGGACUUUACCCUCAAGUUUCUUCUCAAUCUGUUUGACGUGGCACAGGAGCUGGACCAGUGA